UCCCCAUUCUCCGAUUUCCAAGUUCAAACGAAGCCAGCCAAGCGAAGCGAGCAAGAGAACAAGGAAGAAGAAGACGCCUCCAAGGCCAAAGGGCGAAUUCCCCCAAGCGCCUCGCUCCCUCGGGUCGUCCCCUACCUCGCCGCUUAUAUAUAGCCCCGCCCAAGGCGCAGGCGAGCAAGAAAGAGGAGCGGGAGGAAGAAGAGGUCGAGGUCGGCGAUAAUGGAGUGGCUGAACGAGUACGAGAAGCUGGUGAUCCGGAUGGACACCCCCAAGGUCGUCAUCGACAAUGCCGCCUGCCCCACCGCCACCCUCGUCCAGGUGGACAGCGCGAGGAACAGAGGGGUGCUGCUGGAGGCGGUGCAGGUGCUGGCGGACCUGGACCUGAGCAUCAACAAGGCCUACAUCUCCUCCGACGGGCGGUGGUUCAUGGACGUCUUCCACGUCACCGACCGCCGGGGACGCAAGCUCACCGACCACUCCGUCAUCUCCUACAUCCAGCAGUCGUUGGCCGCCUGGAACGGGCCGGUGGGGAUAGAUCCCUCGGCUUCGGCGGCGGGCAUGGAGGGGCUCACCGUGCUGGAGCUCACCGGCGCUGACCGCACCGGGCUCAUCUCCGAGGUCUUCGCUGUGCUGGCUGACAUGGGCUGCGGCGUGGUGGAUGCCCGCGCCUGGUCGCACCGCGGCCGCCUCGCCUGCCUCGUCUACCUCCGCGACGCCGACGUCGCCGCCGCGGGUGCCGCCCGCAUCGAGGCCCGCCUCACCCCGCUCCUCCGCGGCGCCGCUGCUGCCGAGCCCUUCUCCGACUCCAGCGUCGUGGCCGCCGUGCCGGCAUGCUCUGUUUCCCACCCCGACCGCCGACUCCACCAGCUGAUGCACGCGGCCGCCGCCCGGGAACACGACGACCGGCGCGCGUCCCCCUCCGAAGCCGACACCCCGUCGGUGUCCGUCGAGAGCUGGGCGGAGCGCGGCUACUCGGUGGUCACCGUGCAGUGCGGCGACCGGCCCAAGCUGCUCUACGACGUGGUGUGCACGCUCACGGACAUGGACUACGUCGUCUUCCACGGCACCGUCGACACCUCCGCCUCCGGCGGCGCGCGGCAGGAGUUCUACAUCCGCAGCGCCGACGGCAGCCCCAUCAGCUCCGACGCCGAGAUGCGGCGGGUCAGCCUCUGCCUCCAGGACGCCAUCGAGCGGAGGUCCUUCGAGGGGGUGAGGCUGGAGCUCUGCACGCCGGACAGGCCGGGGCUGCUCUCGGACGUCACGCGGACGUUCCGGGAGAACGGGCUGCUGGUGGCGCAGGCGGAGGUGUCCACCAAGGGCGACAUGGCCAGCAAUGUCUUCUACGUGACCGGCACCACCGCCGGCCAGGCCGUCCACCGCAGCGCCAUUGACGCCGUCAGGGAGAAGGUCGGCGUCGACAGCCUCGUCGUCGAGGAGCGCCCGCCGCAGCUCCACCAGAAGGAGACCCGGCCGGCCGACCGGAGCGACGGCGGACUUGGGCUGUUCUACCUCGGCAACCUCUUCAAGAGGAACCUGUACAGCCUGGGCCUGAUCAAGUCUUUCUCAUGAGGCAGAAGCUCUGUUCCUGCCUGGUGCAUCAGAUCUGGCAAGAGUCCUGCUUUGCUUCCAAAAUCUGUUCUUCUGCAUUAUGGAUUCUGCAGGACAAGACCAAUGUGCAAACUGAAGAGAUCCACACUUCUGUCUUGAGCUCAUCCAGGUCCAGACAACCUUGUAACAAAUGGAAGAUGAAGAUCAUGGAAAAGACAGCUGCACAAUGGAGCAGGAUCAUGAUCCAGGAGCAGGAUGAUGGAACCUAGUAGUAGACAAGUGUAGCUAUUGUGUUGUAAAUAUGAUUCAGGAGCAGGAUUUGAUGUAAUGCUAUUUAGUUAGUUAGUUAGUAGUGCUAGCGUCAGUGUGUAGUGAGUGCAUUCAUGAUGAUUUGUCACCUGUACCCUGCUGUUGUUGCCACCAUCUUUGGCUAAAAAUUCUUUCGGGGUUAGUUGGCCCUUUCGUUGUUCCUCCCUGA